CACCACUGCUCAGUCACCCAGCGGACAUAGCGGCGCACGGACCUGCCGCACCGCCCAGUUGCCGCUCAGUCCACCACUGGCACCCGACCCAGGCGGCGGCACACAGCGGCGGCUCUAACGCUGCCACCGCUUAGUGUCAUCCCCACACCUGGCCCAAGACUCACCUGUGCUGACCUGCGGACACCUAUUUCACGGGAUACUUUUAAUCAAUUGGUGAUGAAUAAUGAUGUAAGAGAAUCUACCGUGUAGGUGAAGAAUUUGGGGGAUUUUGACCCCAACUCGACUUGGUUUUUGUUGUGAAAAGUGAAGCAAAGAAAUUGAAAAAGUUACCUUCAGGAGAGAGAGAUAAAGAAGGUGGUGAAGGUGUGUGGUGGUGUUGAGGGAGGUGGUGAGGGCAUGAUACUGAGGAGGGCCAGGACACACCAGCCACCUCCUGUAUGAAACUCCGCAGUCCUGACUCGGAUAAGAUGGAAGUGUUGUACCCGGGCAAUCUGGCUCUGCUGAGCAUGUUCCUCAAGAAUCCAGAGACCGACAAAGGCGAGAUCAAGAAGGACGAAGGAAAGAAAGGUGACGGCCCAGGCGAGUGUGCCGACGUGUUGACGUGUGGGGUGUGUCAGAAGGACUUCCUGCUGGCGGACAUCCUACGCUUCAUCCAGCACAAGGUUCACAACUGCCAGGCCCCCACCGCGCCCUGUGGCCAAGACGCGUCCUCGGGUGACCAGGACGCCCCCACCAGCGCCCCGCCUAACCCAAGAGACCACAAUGGCGACGUGGGCUCCGAGGGCCUCUCUAACCCGGCCAGUCCCGCCACCGUCAAGGAGGAAGGGGACGACAGCAAGGCCGACGAGAAGCGCAAGAGAGACGACGAAGACGACGCCCCUGCUAGGAAAAAACCUCGCAGCACGCAAGACGCCGAGGCUAACACGACAGACUCCGAACCUGCGCGGUACGUGUGUGGUACGUGUGGUGCCGUGCUGGGGUCAGCCUGGUCCCUGGUGCAACACGUCCAGUCUUCGCACGGCAUCAUCAUCUACCAGGAGACAUCGAUAGGCAUUCCCAUCUCCACGCCCUCCACGCCUCCGGGUCUACCCAGGCCCUCCCACUCUUCCCCGCUAGCCUCUGUGUCCUCCACGGCCACCACGGCCUCGGGGCCUCACCUACCGCCCCUCCAGCUACUCGACCCCUCCAAGGUUGACCUCACCAAAGUUGACAUAACGAAGGUGGACUUGUCGAAGGUGGAUCUGAGCAAGAUCUCAACACCAGUAUCGUCAGGCACGACGCCCCUGCCGCCCCACCCGCCCGUGACGGCGCCCCUGCUGGACCCUAACCACCCCUUCAACCUACUUCGGGUGCCUCUAGGGGACGCCCGGGCUCCCUUUCCGCCAGGUCUCGCCCCGCCCUUCAUGCGGCCAGGCCACGACUUCCGUAUGGACCAGCUCCUGCAGGAGGGACUGCGCCUCAACCCUGGUCUUCUCCCGCCUCCCUUCGAACGGCCGCCCUUUCUUGACCCCGGGCUGGGCGCACCCCGCCAUGCGGCGCCCACGCCCCUAAGUUCAGGCGGUGAUCCCAACCUUGACUUCUACUCCCAGCGGCUACGGCAGCUGGCAGGCACCACCAGUCCCACCAGCUCCACCUCGCCUCGCAAGCCUCUCCCAACACCACCUUUCGCCUCACCUAAUGCUCCUACUCCCUCCAGCUUAGCGCCCUCCCAGACACCUACCUCCACCCGAACUGACCCGGCCAUGAUGGUUCCCGAGCGUCGCUUCAAGUGCAUGACUUGCUGCAAGUGCUUCCGGUGGGAGAGCAACUUGGCCAUCCACCAGAGGCUUCACACAGGCGAGAAGGACUACCGCUGCCCAAAGUGUCAUGAAACAUUACCCACACCACAAAAAUUACGCUUGCAUAUGAAAGCACACAAGAAGAGUUCAAGCACGGAAAGCGCUUCCCCAGACUCCUCACGCCCUCAGACUGAGGACGAUAAUGAUGAGGAAGAGGAGGAAGAGGAAGAAGAAGAGGAGGAAGAAAUUGACGAAGACGACGAUAACCCUUCCAUUUGUGAUAGUGGGGACGAAGAAGAAGAAGAUAUUGCAGAAGAAGACAUGGACGACGAUGAACCUGAAGACCUCUCCACUACCUCCAAGAGUACCCCGGUGCCCACCUCUCAGAGCGUCUCCUCCAGCACGGCAGACAACCACAAACUCUCGAGGGGAGACCAACAAAAAUCCGUCGUAGGCGAACUUAUGGAUAAGUUUGGUUUAGCGAACAUCUCCGCUUACAGCGAGGCUUACCACCAGGCACUAAAAGAAUCUGGUCGUCUUACUCACCAUCCUAUGGGGAAGGACGGCGAGAAGGUCCGCACUAAUGGCAUCGAAAAACUGAAGCUACGAGACGAUCUGACAAAGGGGUUGAUGGGUACUCAUCCUGCUCUCGAUGUGGCUCACCAGACACUCCUGGGAGCCUUCGAUAAUCCAUACGAUGCCCAGAAGCGUUUAGUCCAAGCUCAGAGGGACGGAAGCCUGUACGCUGGACUCUGGCUCCCAAACCUGGCAGGGACAGGAGGUUCACCCAAAGACUUAUUCCCCGGGAUGCCGACGGCGGAAGCGAACUUUUUACACAGGAAACUACUGACGGAGGGUUCCUUAAAGCCAGGCGAUAUCCCUGGGUCUCUGCCGAAACCCGGCACGAGUUCGGCGCCGGGGACGCCUAUUUCCCUCGUCCCACCACCAAAGAAAGAGAGCCGAAGGAACGACACAUGUGAAUACUGUGGCAAAGUGUUCAAAAACUGCUCGAACCUAACAGUUCACCGACGCUCUCACACGGGAGAGAAGCCCUACAAGUGCGACCUGUGUAGUUACGCAUGCGCCCAAAGUUCAAAGCUAACGCGGCACAUGAAGACGCAUGGCCGCAUGGGCAAGGAUGUGUACCGCUGUCGGUUCUGCGAUAUGCCAUUUAGUGUCGCCUCCACCUUAGAAAAACAUAUGCGUAAAUGUGUUGUGAAUCAAAAUAAGAAAGGGUUGUUCCCCCCACUAUCUGCUGGGGCUCACGAGGGGCUCGACUCCUACAAGGGUCUGCACUUCACACCUGUCAUCAGCGACGACUCUUCUAAAUCUGGUAGUCUCUUCUCCCCUCACUUCAACGCCGCCGCCGCCGCCAACACCUCCAACGAUGAUACAGGAGACUCCUCAAAUUUGUCGGGCCCCGGGUCUUGAGAUUGGGCCCCCUUGGUUGCGUCCCAACUGCCGCCGCCAGGGACCCAAGGGCUCGCCCCCCCAUCCAUGGGGUUUCCCAGGGCAGCCACCCACCAUUGGGUGGCGUCUAGCCGCCCACCGCCCCCGCUCUUGCUUAGGGGGAUGUCUGGCCCCCUGGCUCCAACGGCGCCACCCUGGACGUCGCCCGUAGCGCCGCGGCCCCCAGGGACGCCGCCCCGAGCCCCAGCGCCGCCCACCUGACCAGUGGCGGCGGCAGCAGCGGCAGGGCGGGUGGCGUAGCCCGCACAUUCCCACACCUCGCGUCACGUGACUUCCCAGUGAGCGGCGCCCGUCCCGCCCCACGCGGCAGUGGGCGCCUCAACAAGCUAGUCCUGUGUGUUGUGCGAGGGUGACAGCAGCAGCAGCAGCAGCACGCCCACACUCGGCCAUUGUUCCUAUUGAUGUUAUGUGUUGUGUAGUGUACAGUAUGUUGUCCUACCUUGACUGGUCACAACAGUGGGGGCCGGUGUACCAGCCACUGCAGUGCCAGUGCCACUAACAGCUGACCCGUACAGUGCCACUAACAGCUGACCCGCACAGUGCCACCAACAGCUGACCCGCACAGUGCCACUAACAGCUGAGAACAACACAACAACCACGAGGAGCCAAAAAGAAAGAAAAUAAAUUCUAUCUCCAAAAGUUAACUAAACGACCCACGACAUAAUAAUUGAAAGUUAUUUGACGUUACUAAGUUAUUAGUCAAUCAUCAGUUAAUUCCUAAGUGCAGCCUUUUGCUCAACACUUGUGUGAGGCGUCGGAAGACCUGCCUCCACCAGAUCACCCCCCCCCCCCGGCAGGAGAACACCCAAACCAGAUGAUCUCUCCCAGAUGUGUUAUUUCUUUACCCAGAUAAUAAACAUUUUGAGUUGUGUCUUAUAGGCGGGUCCGGCAUAGUGUGUUGAUUUGUAAUGCAUUAGUCAGAGAGAGAGAGAGAGAGAGAUAAUGAAAGGUAUUUGGUGCAAAGAUGGCUAGCCCUUCACCUCAGGGACAUCCGAACUGUCUAUGUGGGUGGCUGCCGACUUUCAAUGAUAAUAAUAAUAAUAAUAAUAAUAAUAAUAAUCAAACUGUGUGUUCUAAGCUACAGGUGUAGAGACAACAUCUUCAGAGAACGUUCACAUGUGUACGGUUCCUUGAUCAGUAGUCUACAGGUUUGGUUUAUUUUUCUCAGUGGUAUUGAGUUCAGGGUAGAGGAGGUUCCUUCCAGUGAUUAUUAACUUGUGUUUACUUAAUUUCUAAAACACAUUUAUUCGAUUUUUUAUUUUUUUUAUUAUUAUUAUUAUUGUUGUUAUGCAUUAAGAUUUAGUGAAUUUAUUGUAAUGUUCUGGAAUAUGAAUUUAAUAGGAACUGAUACUAGAAUUUUAUUGAAGAAUAUCACAAGAGACUCAUAACACACACACACACACACACACACACACACACACACACACACACACACACACACACACACACACACACACACACACACACACACACAUCACCGCUGUUCGAACAUGAUCACCGAACACAGUGGCACCAUCCGAACACUCCUACAAGUCCACCUCAACUAAAUCGGAUCUGUGUACCGGACUCAUCAACCGGACUCAUCUAUACCAUCGAGUUCGGAUAAACGGUUCACAUCUCUCACUCAACCAGAUAUUAUCCGGUUUUAGGAAUUCUGUAAACAACAACACCUAUUGCUUUUGUUUUUGUUAUUCUUGUUUAUGUUGACUUCUCCUGUUAUGUUGUUGUUUGAGAGAGACUGAGUGAGCUAAAUGUAAUCAAAAAGACUCAGUAAUGGUUGACAUGCGAGUGUUAUUAGUACCAAAAAACCGACCUUAAGCUAGGUGUUGCUUAUGACCUUCUUGUCCCGAAUGACCCCCGUUUUCUCAGGAGAUACCGACCAAUAGGAGGGUGAGGUUGAGGGCUAGGUGGUGAGGCCUUGCUAGGUGGUGAAGCCUUGCUAGGUGGUGAAGCCUUGCUAGGUGGUGAAGCCUUUCUAGGUGGCGAGGCCUUGCUAGGUGGUGAAGCCUUUCUAGGUGGUGAGGUUUUGCUAGGUGGUGAGGUCUUGCUAGGUGGUGAAGCCUUGCUAGGUGGUGAUGCCUUUCUAGGUGGUGAGGUUUUGCUAGGUGGUGAGGCCUUGCUAGGUGGUGAGGCCUUGCUAGGUGGUGAGGCCUUGCUAGGCGGUGAGGUUUUGCUAGGUGGUGAGGUCUUGCUAGGUGGUGAGGUUUUGCUAGGUGGUGAGGUCUUGCUAGGUGGUGAGGUCUUGCUAGGUGGUGAGGCCUUGCUAGGUGGUGAGGCCUUGCUAGGUGGUGAGGCCUUGCUAGGUGGUGAGGCCUUGCUAGGUGGUGAGGCCUUGCUAGGUGGCUCAAUCAACGUUUAAACUUUCCACGAGCUAGUUUCGGGAUUAAUUUAUCCCUAUUUAAACGUUUGUAGUCUUGUAAAGUUAUUUUAGUGGCUCUUUAAACCUUUUAUUCAUACUAAUUUGUUGUGUUGACUUCAAACAUUUCGAGUCCAUAAAAGAAAUUAGUUUAUUUACUUGUUUUGUUUCAUAAUGUAGGCGCUGAGAGACACCCACUAGCACAGAGUUCUUAGAGCCACUCACUCGCACAAAGUCCUUAGAGCCACUCACAGCACAGAGUCCUUAGAGCUAUCACUAGCAGAAAGCCCUUAGAGCCACCCACUAGCACAGUUCUUAGAGCCACCCACUAGCACAGAGUCCUUAGACCCACCCACUAGCACAGAGUCCUUAGGCCCACCCACUAGCACAGAGCCAUUAGAGCCACCCACUAGCACAGAGCCAUUAGAGCCACCCACUAGCACAGAGCCAUUAGAGCCACCCACUAGCACAGAGCCCUCCCUCCCCUUGUCGCUGGUCACAUCAGUAUUAUCUAAUUUAUCUUAUUUUACUUUAUAAUUAUUUUUGUUUCCCUCUUCUGGCGAUGACGUCAUCGUGUCAACAGAUGACGUCAGUUUCUUGUUUGUUUUGGCCACAUUCCUUUAUUUUUUACUUCGAUAAUUGAAAACUUAUUUUUAUUUACACUUCUAGGAUUCCAUUUUCGGUUUAUCUGUCUAGGUAUUAUUAUUUUUUGUAAUGUCAAGGUAAAUUUUUUUCAUUUUUUUUUUCGUAUUGUUUCGGUUUUGUGAAUUAUUUGUCUUAAAAUUAAUAUAUAUAACUUUCUCGGUCUGUCAUAGGGUUAGUUUGUGCCAUAUUUAGAGAAUCUUUCACCUGUCAGUAUUUGGGCCGAAAGAGAGGCUAGUUUGACCUGACAGACACACACACACUGGAAAGAAAAACAAGAAGUCGUGGUGGGUUUUUUUUUUGUCCUUUUUUUUUUCUAAACCAACUUCCUCUCCCAGUGUCAUGUCUUCGCUUUAGGGUCAAAUGCAUAAUCUCUCUCUUCUUUCUUGUUGAUUUCCUUCAUAUUUUUUUGUUCUUCAUUUCUUCAUUAAGGAGCAUUAGUGUUCUGGGCUUUAAUUAUCAGUUUAAAGUGGGCUUCGGGCUCUCAUAUUUAGGUUUUUCAGGCUCAUUGUAUGUUGUCUUUGGGGUUCAUCAUGGUGUUAAGUCACAGGGCCUACCAUAGUGUGUGGGCUGGAGGUUACCAUAGUGUGUGUGUGUGUAUGGGGGCUGAAGCCUUACAUAGUGUGUGUGUGGGCCGAAGUCUACCAUAAUGUGUGGGCUGAAGCUUACCAUAGUGUGUGGGCUGAAGCCUCCCUUUAGACCUCCCAUGAUGUUGUCACCUAGGGCUUCAUAUGUAAACUUCGGGCUUUUCAUAAUACAGGCUUCAGCUUCUCCAUGUUGUAGUAGCUGAAGCCUCUUUUUCAUAAUAAAACCAAAGAUAGCGACUAAAAUGCACUCCAGCAAGACGGUACAACAAGUGGUGGCGACCGUCAGGGCUGCAUUUUGGACCAGUUCUGCCUUGUAUAUAGUGUACAUAAGAUAGUUUAUAUUUGUAUAUGUAACGAUAGAUUAUAACUGAUAUGAACUUUUAUCCCAAAUUUGUACAAUCAAUGGUUAUGCCGACACUCUACAAAAGCCCCAUCUCUGCACCAAAUAACUUGAUUCCUUAAACUUUUUUUUAAUGAUUCUGAUUGUUUAUUUUUUAUGUGAAAAUCUAUUUCUUGGACGAGCAGUUGUGAAGGUCUGUUGGAAAUAGAUCAACACUGCACACUAAGAAUUAUUACAUUGAUAUCCAGUGUUGUGUGACGUCGGCCUUCAGGUCCUACUCCAGUAAGGUUAUUUUAUCUUUGUUGUGAAUAUGAAAACCGCGUGUAAUGGCGCAGGACCUGAGGGUGGGCGUGACACCCCACAACAGCUGUGGUAGUAGGCUGGCCUCCAGCACGUGGCUCUGUACCACGUCAUUGACCAGAAGGUGGAUGCGACAGGGUAAGGCUGACCAACGCGUGCUGCUUUGUAGACUCCAGCCAAGAUCUUGGCUACAUGGACAGAAUGGUUAGGUGGACAGGUAAUUGGCUGACUGACUGACUGUAAUCUUAGUGAAUAGAUACUCGUCCUGAGUGGAUAGGCUCGGCUGAGUAUCUAUUUGACUGAGUGGAUAGGCAGUCAGCUGGGUGAAAAGCCACUUGGCUACAGAACUUCCUGCCGAGUGAUCAUUUGACCCGACAAAACCUCCUUAGCUGAGAGCUCAACUUGGCCCUUGAGGAGUUAGACUGCCACAUGACUCUACCCUUGGCUGAGUGGUCCUAUGACUUCCUGGGUAGAGCGUCACACACUUAGUUAAGUUCUCGGACACUCCUAGAGUGUCAAGACACUCGGCUUGGGUGCCAGACACUCGGCUAGGUGUCAGACACUCGGCUAGGUGUCAGACACUCAGCGAGAGUGCCAGACUACUUGGCUAGGGCGUCAGACACUCACCUGAGGCGCCAGACACUCGGCCAAGGUGACUGACAGACACUCGACAGGGUGGACAAUACCACCUGCCACUCGCUGCUUGCUGCCUCCCUCGCUCAGAGCUAAUGUGUAAAAAAACAUCUGUGUUCUGUACUCUUGAAUUGGGGUCAUCCCGUUGUUAAUCGUAUGCACAGUUUUUAUUGUCAUUAAGGUAGUGAAAUGAAAUGAUCUUUACUUGUAAAAACAAAAAAACAAAAACAAUGACUGUACCGAAUGCUGAUUUUUAUUAAUGUUGUUUACAAAUCAUUGUGAAGCCGAAUCCUUUUUUAGUGUCGUUAGUGAAGACCGAGACAAUUUUCCUUGGCGUUGCUUUACCCGAGUGACCGAAACGCUUGUACCUGCUCUGUCAAUGUGAACCUCGGAGACUCCGCCACGAGAUGGGGUUUAUUUCUUUUCUAGAACCCCCCUUUCCCUUUCCCUUUCCCCACUAAAAAAAAAAAAAAAAAAAAAAUGAAAUGGGAGGGAAAAAUCAACACACAAACGCCCAUCUCGUGACCAGUCUGUAGAGGUGUUCUAUACGGCACAAAAGGGAAUCUAAUUGACCAUUUAGUUUAAUGAUAAUAAUAAUAAUAUAAUAAUAAUAAUAAUUAUACAGUUUUGAAACAAACCCGCGUGUAACAAUGCUUUUUAUUGAUGGUGCAAACAUACACAUACACACAAAAAAAAAACAGAGUAAUCUUUUACGUAGGAUUCAAUCAGUCGCUCGAUCCUCUGCUGGCGAUAGUCACUUGUUUCUUAUAAACGAUCCAGCAACCUAUACUAAACUUGAGGGACAGCGGUGGAGGACUUGUGCACUUUCUACUACACAUUGUUUCAUCUAUAUUUAUUAGAGUUCCAUUGGCGUGAGGACAGAAAUCUUUGUACAUGUAGAGUUGAAUAAAUGUAUUUAUCUUCGUC